UUGGUGUUCAAUCAAGGCUUAAUCAUGCAACUCGUUUCUUUUCUAGGACUAUGUUUUCAAAUAGUAUGCUAUACAUCCAUUUUUACGUAGUUUUUUUUAAUGAACAUAGCAUUCCUGAUUUGGUUUUACGUGUAGGCCUGUGAAUUAAAAUCUAUCUACAUGUUGCGUCGAAGUAGUUGCAAGUAAUAAUAAUAACAUUCAUCCUUACAAUAUAAUAAUCAUAAUUAAUUAUGAUAACAAUGAUACAGCAAUGUGGUUUAUAAUAAUUGUCAAUUAACUGCAUGCAAUAGGAGCAAUAAUGAAAUUAAGUUCAAACGCGAAUAAUUGAUUAUGCCGAAUAACGAUGCUUUUUGUUGUCAGAGAGGUCGAUACUUUCCUGAUAUUUUCUUGACUAGAUGGGUUGUUUUCUUCACUGCUUCAACUGAACAGUAAUCAUACCUAGCCUACAUGUGGAUUAGUACAGGACUAUAGCAAUAUUCGCCUUUCUUUCGUUCAACAUCCAUAUAGUUCACUGUAAAUAUUGUAUUAAUUCAUACAUACGGUAGACUACAGACUUACACAUUUCAAUUGCUUAGCUGCGUUAUGGGCUGCAGAAUAGGCUAUAGAGCAUAUAACCAAACCUCCAACUAAAAUCGACCGCACACCUAACAUUGCCUGUUGAUAUGCAUGCAACGAGCAACAGACGCCUGCUGUCAUACACACGGCAUAUCUGAAUGUCAUACAAUGCAACUUAAAACAAGUGGAAGGCAAAAUCAUACUUAACGUUGAAACUCCUCGCUGGGUUUACCUGGAGUCCUUGUGACACAAUGGCGCUACAUGUUUUCAUUCAUUACUUUUUAGUAGCUAAGUACGACAUCUGCUCCAUAGUGCACGGAGAGGAUAGGUGUACAGAAAUAAAGAAUCGUUUAAAUAAAAAAUACAUUGACUUAAUAUGUUUCCUUUAGAAGUACAAUUCAUUGAAACCAGCCCGCUCAAGUCCCUCGUCUCGUCUAUUGAAAUUCGGCGGCUGCAUGUUUCGUGUGGUUUGCUCCGGGGGCAAAGCAUUCAACAUUUUAAUUACYGAGAGCUAUAUCAUAAAUUCACUGCUAAUCUACACCUGUUGUUUACGAUGCAUGGACUCCAACGUAUGCAUUUAAAUUAGUGGAGGCAAAAAUAACCUAUUGCAUAACGUGAAAUUUGAGUAGCCUACAUUGAACACAAUGACAGAUGACACGUCAAUGGCGUUAUUUGUAAAUAUAGUCUAAACAUAUAUUUGAGAUAGCCUAUCUGUAAUAGAAUAGGGCCUAUCUUUCUCGUAAUUCAUUAUUAUAGCAUUACUAAUAAUGAGAAGAACAACGGUAACAUUAAAGCCAUCAUAUUCAUUAUCAUAGCCUAUUAAUAAAAUAGGCUGAUAAUAAUAGCCAGUAAUAACAAUAGUACGCUAUUUCUUUUUUUCCCUUAUUGUUUUUACUUUACCAUCAAUUAGAUUUUUGAUGUGAUAAUUUUGAAUGAUCAGUAGUGAUAUUUGAUAACAAUCACCUUGCAGUUGAGGGAUGCGACCUUGACCCCAUCACAUAGGCUAUCAUGCUGUGUCCAUUGCUAGUCCGGGUACCACGGGUUUGCGAAAAAUAAGUUAUUGCUCUCUAAGGGGUGGUCAAGAAGGUGCUGGUGGUGGCAAUAGCGGUAGUACCGGAGAGAGGGGGGGGAGGUCCGAGAUGGUGCUCGGAGGGAGGAGGAGGAAAGAGAUAAGUGAUCUAAAGGGGAGAGGAUAGGACAAAAAGUGAUAAUGAUGAAUACAUUGCAAAGUUUUUUGUCCCUGACGAGGGUGGCAGAUUGAAUGGCCUGUGCGCAUGUGCGAAGGUGUCCAAACUGACAAUGCUUGUGAGAUGAAGAUAGUGUUGUUGCUGCUUCUGGGCUCACGGAGGACGAGAGGAAUCUACAAGCCGACAAGAUGAGAUCCAAGGCUAGGGCAAGAAAACUGGCCAAAACUGACAUUGAGCCAGUUGACAGCAUGCACGAGACAGAGGCCCACCUCCUGGCGGGAGGGGGUGAGAGUGGGGAGGAGGAGACCGAGGAUAGCAUCAUGUCCCCCAUCUCCGUAGGACCCCUGUCCCCGCACCCCAACAACCACCACCACCAUCCCAGCCACCAUCAUCACCACGAGAUCCCCUUCACGCCCAAGGAAGGCUCGCCCUACGAGGUGCCCGUCUACAUUCCCGGCGACAUUCCCGUCCCCAGCGACCUGGAGCUGCGCGAGUCCUCGGUUCCCGGAGCGGGCCUGGGGAUAUGGGCCAAAACCCGGAUCGGGAUGGGAGAGCACUUUGGACCUCACAGCGCACUGCAGGGCGCCACGGUCAAAGACAGCUCCUUCGGAUGGGAGCAGAUGCUGAAUGACCACGAGGUGAUGUCCUCUCCGGAUAGCUGCAUCAAAAAGGUGGUGGAUGAGAUGGGCAACGUCAAGUUCUGUCUGGACGAAGGCUCAGAGCCCGGUGGGACCUGGCUCAAGUAUGUACGCACUGCCAUCUCCUUUGAGGAGCAGAACAUGGCGGCGUGUCACCUCAGCGGAGACCAGAUUGAUUAUAAAGCUAUUAGGGAUAUUGAAGUGGGGGAAGAGCUAUUGGUGUAUAUGAAGGAAGGAAUUUUCCCCGAGGGAUCGAUGGCACCAAACCUAGAAGACGAACAGAUGUACCGCUGCGAGGACUGUGACGAGCUGUUCACCUCAGCCCUGGAGCUGCAGCGGCACCAGAAGUGCUUUUGUUCCAGCGCCGGGUCCUUGUUCGACACUCUCAGCAACGAGGACUUCAAGCAGGACUGUGACGACAGCAACCACGAGUCUGUCCACGAGUGCAAGGACUGCGAGAAGAUCUUCCCCGACGAGUACAGUCUGGGCCAACACAUGAUUGUGCACACAGAGGAGCGAGAGUACAAGUGUGACCAGUGUCCCAAGGCCUUCAACUGGAAGUCCAACCUCAUCCGCCACCAGAUGUCCCACGACAGCGGCAAGCACUUUGAGUGUGAAAACUGCGAUAAGGUACAGCACACCCGGCAUGUGUUCACAGACCCCAGCAACCUGCAGCGCCACAUCCGCUCGCAGCACAUAGGGGCGCGCACUCACACCUGCCCCGAGUGUGGAAAGACCUUCGCCACCUCCUCGGGCCUCAAGCAGCACAAGCACAUUCACAGUAGUGUCAAGCCCUUCAUCUGCGAGGUGUGCCACAAGUCCUACACGCAGUUCUCCAACCUGUGCCGCCACAAGCGCAUGCACGCCGACUGCCGCACCCAGGUCAAGUGCAAAGACUGUGGCCAGAUGUUCAGCACUACUUCCUCCCUCAACAAGCACCGGCGCUUUUGUGAGGGCAAGAACCAUUACGGCCCUGCCGGGGGCCUGUUUGCUCCCGGCAUCCCCAUGAGCAGCCCCAUCCUGGCCAAGUCCAGGUCCCAUCCCCACCACCACCAACCGGGACUCAACCACUCAGGUCUGGCCUUCCCUGACUACUUCCCCUCCCGGCCCCAUCUUCACGCCAGCCUAUCCUUCUCCCCCGGGCCGCAUGGUUUUCCCUCGCUCUCCCAUGGCUUCCCGGGUCUCUUCGUCCCCUCGUUCUACCCCCGACCGCACUUACUGCCCCCCAGCCCAUUUCUGAAGAGCCCCCUGGGCAAGAACAGUAACAACGGUGGGAGCCAGGAGGGCAAGCUGCCUCACAGCCCCCUGGACGGAACUCCACUGUCUCUGAUCAGCUCCAUCAACAACAACAACGGAGGAAAUAGUCUCCUCAGCAGUCAGGAGAGGGAGGACAAAGAGAGGCUGGAGCUGGCGUACAGAGAAGUCAAGGCCAAAGCCAAGAUGUCGGAGGUGUCGGACGGCAGCGACCUGGAGGAAGUCAACACCACCAGCGGCACCGAUCUGGACACCACCACCGGCACCGCUUCGUGUUCAGAGUUAGACAGCGACACUGAGAGUGAGCGGGAACAACGGGAGCGGAUCAGGAGCACAAAGAGAAGGAAGGAGGCAGGUGUUAGAGGGGUGGUGGGGACAGAUAGGGUGGGUCAGGAUGGGCGGCCGGACAACGUGAGCAGCGGCUCAGUGUCGGCGGUGUCCAGCUCGGUCAACCUGGCUUGCGAGCAGCCCUCCUUCCUCUCGGUCGCCUCCCAGCACUCCUUCUUUCCGCAUCCGGACGAGCAGGCGCUGCCCCCCACAGGGGCCACCGCUGCCACCGACUCCAUCAAGGCCAUCGCUUCCAUCGCCGAGAAGUACUUUGGCCCUGCGCUCAUGGGCCUGCAAGAGAAGAAUAUAGGCUCACUGCCCUGCCAUUCCAUGUUCCCUUUCAAGUUCCUACCCAACUUCCCUCACUCCCUCUACCCCUUCAACAAGCAGGCCGGUGCCCUCAACCCCGGCAUGUUCUUCAAGGCUGAGCCCAAGUCGCCUCGUGCGCAACAUCCGCCACCCAACAAGAUGGCUGCCCCUCGCACUGGAGAGCCAUCGCCCUUCGACCUCACCACCAAGCCAAAGAAGGCCAAGUCGAAACUGCCGGCCCCCGCUAAGUCGACCCCAUCCAGCGGUAGCAGCAACACCCCCCUCAUUCUCCCGGGGGAUGAGGAGCAGCCACUGGACCUCAGCAUCGGCAGCCACAGACGGGAUGUGCACAACGGGGUGCUGGCCCCUGAGCAGCCGUCCAGCCACAAGAACCAACGCAAGGAGGAGCACCCCGGCAGCCACCCGCACCAACACACCCAGCACCCCCAGGGCCACCCCCUCCACCAGCCCCUGCUGUCACAGCACCAGCAGCCCCUGGCCCAGCCGCCCCAGCAGCAGCCCUCCCUGCAUUACACCAAGCCCUCGCCCUUCUUCAUGGACCCAAUAUACAGCAGGGUGGAGAAGAGGAAGUUACUGGACCCUGUAGGAGCUUUGAAGGAGAAGUUCCUGAGGGCCAAUUCGCUUCUCUUCCAUCCACAGAUGUCAGCCAUGGAGAGCAUGACGGAGAAGCUGGAGAGCUUUGGCGCUCUCAAACUGGAUGCCCCGCCCAACUUGCUGCAGCACUCGGCCCGCCCACUCUUCAACUUCCGCUCUCCGCCACCCUCCCUCUCCGACUCCAUCCUCCGCAAAGGCAAGGAGCGCUACACCUGCAGGUACUGUGGGAAGAUCUUCCCCAGGUCAGCUAAUCUUACCAGGCACUUACGGACACACACAGGGGAGCAGCCCUACAGGUGUAAAUACUGUGACCGCUCGUUCAGCAUCUCCUCCAACCUCCAGCGGCACGUACGCAACAUCCACAACAAGGAGAAGCCCUUCAGGUGUCACCUGUGCAACCGCUGUUUCGGCCAGCAGACCAACUUGGACCGCCACCUGAAGAAGCACGAGCAGGAGAACCUGCCCGUGAGUGAACACUCUGGGAUCCUCUCCAACCUAGGAAACAACGUUUCCUCUCCCAACUCCGAGCCAGAUCACCUUUUAGAUGAGAAAGAGGACUCUUACUUCUCGGAAAUCCGCAACUUCAUUUCCAACAGCGAGAUGAACCAGGCAUCCAGCUCCACAGACAAGAGGUCAGAACUUGCGGAGGAGGAGCGUCUGUCGAGCCACGGCCUGUCCAGCUCCCGGGGGCUAGAGGAGGAGGAGGGAGUCGAUGAAGAGGAGGUAGAAGGCAGCCUGACGGAGAAAUCUCAGUACGAAGCGCCCRAAUCCCCCUCCCCGGUCAGCAUGGUCACACCGGGGGCGUACGAAGACGAAGAGGAGGAGGAAGCGGAGGAAGAGGAGGAAGCCACACCGUUGGCUAUAAGCUACGAACACACCCGCAGGUGUAUAGAGGAGGACGGUGGGCUGUUAGACCUGGAGGCCCUACCCAGCUUCCCCAACGGUCUGGACCUGCAUAAGGCCAACAGCGGCGAGGAGCCCCCCUUUGAUGUUAAAGUCAUUUUUAACACCGCCUCACUCGAGUCAGAAGCCCUGAAAGAGACUCUGUACAGACAUGCUAAAACUCAGGCUUAUGCAAUGAUGCUGUCUCUGUCGGAGAACAGCCCUUUGCACGCGUCCUCCCAGAACUCACUGGAUGCCUGGCUGAGCAUGGGAAGGGGCCCGUCUGAGACGAGCAGCUUUUACCCACUCUGCCACAUCUAAGAGAGUUAGGAGGAGGGAUGAAGCCUACUGCGGAGGAGAACUCAACAUCACAUGGCCUGA